AUGCGACUGCCAUCUUUACUUUUGCUUUUUGUAUUAGCAGCUAAUGCCGCUUCGUCUCAAAAUCAUGGAUCCGGUUCCUUGACCGUUGAACAUACAUCCACAGAGCUGCUACUGAAACAGAACACCACUGCUUGUGACUCCUUCGAUGAGAAUGAAAUGAAGCAACUGUCAAAUAUCGAACAAGGACUCCUUAGAGCUCAAAAAGUUUUGUUAGAUAAAGGAGAGCAGUCCGCUUGGGAUGGGAAAACAAAUGAGGAUAUUGAUGAUGCAUUGGUUAAUAUUGACAUAGCAAAAGUGAACUAUUCAAAAUUUCAAUUGAAAAUUGUUUUAGAACAUAUCGAAAGAGCGCUUACAUUCCCAUCAACAAGAAAAGGUGACGCAUCUAAAUACACCACAUAUGUGACCACUUAUCUAGUCGGAGCGUCACGUAAUCUCUUGAAAUUGCUGUCCAGCUGCUAUCCAGGUAUGGAUAAAGAGCUGGAGAAAAUUGAAAAAGUCUUGAGAGAUAUUACGGGGAAUCUUGACCAUGAUGCAAGAAGAAGAACGGUUGCCAGACAUAUUAACGAUGCUCUUGAAGAAAUUGUUCCAAAAGUCCCUCAAAAGCAAUGA